AUGGGUGCUCACCCCCUGCACCCAUCUCUGCUCAUCCCGUCCUCGGUGAGCUACUCAGGCCCUCCACACUCCGUCAGCAGCCGCCCAGCGGGACACCACUCUACCUCCUCCAACAUGGGUUUCAGCCCACAGGUAAGGCCUCCAACGCAACCUACGACCCCCAGACACCACACUCAACCACCUGCUCCUUGGACAUGGUUUUCCUUCCUUAGUUGGGGUCCUGUGAAGAGUUGACUUGGUGUAUGGCUGGCUUGCUAGGUUUCCAUGAUAAAUUCUGUAAAACCAAAUGUUGCCAAAUGAAACUCUAUACAAGCUCGUCUGUAAGGAUUCGGGAUGGCAACAUGUGCAUUGUGUAAAAGGAUGGCCAAAUGUGAGGAUAACCUUUUUCACGACCCACAAGCUGAGGCCUGGGUAACCUUGAAUUUAUGUGAAACUGAGAAAUGCCAGGGUUGCCCAUUUAUAUCUGAAAAGGUCUCAAGAGGCUUUGUGGAAUGCAAAUUCAUAUGACAUAGUAAUGGGCUUGACAAACUGGAUAAAAAGGCCUUUUGUUUCUAGACGGUUAUUUCCUAUUUUUCAUCAGUGUAAUCAACUAAACCCUGAGUUAUUCCUUUUGAAGAAUAGUUGAACAGAAAGGAGAGCUACAUUUAGAUGUCUUUAUCCACUUAAGCUGAUGCAGUACUGUACUGUCGCAUUACACAGAGCUCUCUGUGCUAUACUGUGCUAAUGCAUAGCAUUAAGUUGUUAGCACCAUAUAGUAUUCUGAUGGCAUUCUCUGCUUGUGCAAAUAGGAAGGUUAUCAGCAGGUUGUACUUCACUGUUACUUAUUAAAGGCCUGGAAGCUUUCAAUAGUAAAACAUUUUGUCACGAUCGUCAUACAUAGAGGAGGACCAAGGCGCAGCGUGUUGAGCGAACAUACUUUAAUAGUUAAAGUGCACACACGAUGCAAAACAACAAAACGACUCGUAACGUCCUAGGUAACAAUGACCAACUGGAACAAGAACCCACAAACACAAAGGGAAAACAGACAGUUAAAUAUGGCUCCCAAUCAGAGACAACCAACGACAGCUGACACUCGUUGCCUCUGAUUGGGAGUCACUCUAGCCAACAUAGAAAUAAACACAACUAGAACUACCAACAUAGAAAUCUAACACAUAGAAUGAACACACCCUGGCUCAACAUAUAGAGUCCCAGAGCCAGGGUGUGACAGUACCCCCCCCCCCCUAAAGGCGCGGACUGCGACCGCGCCUCAACUAGAGCAAAACAGGGGAGGGCUGGGUGGGCAUACCUCCUCGGCGGCGGUUCUGGCUCCGGCCUUGCCCACCACCCUCCAAUAAACCCCCCAUAGCGCCCCUGGUCCGGUCUGGCCCCGCUGGCUGGAGCUGAACUGGACGUAGCAGGAGCGGUUAGCUUCAGCUCCGUUGUGGAGCAGUUGACCGGUACCUGAUUAGGCACCGGUGACCCAGGCACGGGUUGUGCCGGACUGACGACGCACACCCCUGGCUUGGUGCGUGAGGCAGGAAAGGACCGGACCGGGCUGACGAUGCGCACCCCUGGCUUGGUGCGUGGAGCAGCAACGGGCCGGACCGGGCUGACGAUGCGCACCCCUGGCUUGGUGCGUGGAGCCGGAACGGGCCUCACCGGACUGACGAUGCGCACCCCUGGCUUGGUGCGUGGAGCAGCCACGAGCCGGACCGGGCUGACGAUGCGCACCCCUGGCUUGGUGCGUGGAGCCGGAACGGGCCUCACCGGACUGACGACUCGCACCCCUGGCUUGGUGCGUGGAGCCGGAACGGGCCUCACCGGACUGACGACUCGCACCCCUGGCUUGGUGCGUGGAGCCGGAACGGGCCUCACCGGACUGACGACUCGCACCCCUGGCUUGGUGCGAGUAGCAGGAACGGGCUGGACCAGGCUGACGACUCGCACCCCUGACUUGGUGCGAGUGGCAGGAACAGGCCGGGCCAGGCUGGCGACGCGCACCGUAGGCUUGGUGCGAGUGGCAGGAACAGGCCGGGCCGGGCUGGCGACGCGCACCGUAGGCUUGGUGCGUGGAGCAGGAACAGGCCGGACCGGGCUGGCGACGCACACCGUAGGCUUGGUGCGUGGAGCAGGGACAGGCCGGACUGGGCUGGCGACGCACACCGUAGGCUUGGUGCGUGGAGCAGGGACAGGCCGAACCGGGCUGUGGAGACGGAUAGGAGACCUGGAGUGAAGAGCGGCCACAACCCGUCCCGGCUGAAUGCCUACCUUCACACACUCUGUUUGAGGCAUCCGCACAGGACGUACAGGGCUGUGUACCCGUACUGGCAUAACAGCACGUGACACUGGAGCAGGAUAUCCGGGACCGCGGAGAGGCAUUGGAGACCACGAGCGUUGAGCCAGCACACUCCGUCCUGGCUGCAUACCCACCUUCGCACGACACGUGCGGGGUGCUCGCACAGGACGUACAGGACUAUGCCGGACCACUCGUGGCACAGUACGCCGCUCCGCAUACCGCGGAACCUGCCCCGUCCCAUGCUGCCAUGCCUGAGUACGGGAAGUUGGUUCCGCUCUCCAUCCAGGCUCCGCCAACCUGCCUUCUGGCCCCCCUAACCCGGUGGCCUCCUCUCCAAAUCGCCCUGUGGCAGCCUCCUGCUGCCCAGCCGCCCAUGCCGUGUGCCCCCCCCUAAAAAAUUUUUGGGGUUGCCUCUCGUCCGUCCGACGAUGACACUGCUGACGCCGCUGCUCCUCUCUCGCCAGGGCCUUAAUCCUAGCCCAUGGUCCUUUUCCCCCGAGCAUGUCCUCCCAGGACCAUACUUUGCCCACCUGGGCCAUCGCCAACCUCUCCAUCUCCUUUCCCGGCGCUUCCUCCCAUGUCCAGUCUGCCUGCUCCUGGACACGCUGCUUGGUCCUUGUAUGGUGGGGUUUUUCUGUCACGAUCGUCAUACAUAGAGGAGGACCAAGGCGCAGCGUGUUGAGCGAACAUACUUUAAUAGUUAAAGUGCACACACGAUGCAAAACAACAAAACGACUCGUAACGUCCUAGGUAACAAUGACCAACUGGAACAAGAACCCACAAACACAAAGGGAAAACAGACAGUUAAAUAUGGCUCCCAAUCAGAGACAACCAACGACAGCUGACACUCGUUGCCUCUGAUUGGGAGUCACUCUAGCCAACAUAGAAAUAAACACAACUAGAACUACCAACAUAGAAAUCUAACACAUAGAAUGAACACACCCUGGCUCAACAUAUAGAGUCCCAGAGCCAGGGUGUGACACAUUUCUUAUGAUACUUAUUUAAACAGAGGACUUCUUCUUGCAGGUGUUAUGGAAAAUGCCAAUGUUUGUCAUUUAACUUCAAUUAUUACCAAAUUGUAUGUGCGCCUAUGUUAGUGCUCAUGGGGAAUCCAAGAUGGCGUAGCAGUGUGUUCGUGCUACUUGCUAUUAGCCACCGUUAGCAGUCUUCACCAUUGUCCAUGGCCUGCACUACCUACCAGCCAGCUCUAGCCUGGACGAUUAUCGGCCAGUCUCCACAUCGCGCUAUCGAGCCAUAGCAUAUCGGAUUUUCUGCCGGAAUCACUGAAUCACUGGACCUUAACACCGGAUCAUCGCAACUAGCUAGCUGCAACCGAAUGGCUGUUGUUGUUGUUGGCCAAUCACCGCUGUCCAGAAGCAAGCCCCAGUUAGCCUUGAGCAAGCCUCGAGCCAGGCCCAUCUCCUGGCUAUCUACCUUUCUGUCAACCGGACGGGACCCCCUAGUGUUGACACAGAGCCCCGCCGAUCCAUCACGACUGGUCUGCCGACGUAAUCGUCUGAUGUGGUUUCAACAGGCUUCCCGUUGCGACGACCAUGAAGAUCCAUCUGCUAUCCCCGGCCCGCUAGCACACGCAAUCAACAGCCGUGCCUCCUGCUCGCCUGUGCUGUAGCAGUCACUGAACUGCUCCCGGACUCACCUAUUGCUGUUCACUGAACCUUAUGAUCACUCAGCUACACAGCAGAUGCCUGCUGGACUGUUCCUUUAUACGGUACCCCAUCCUGUUUAUUUGUUUAGCCUCAGCUCAAACUUUCGUCGCCAUUACCAGCUGUUGUCUUAGCUCUCUCGAAUAACACCUGUGAUUGCUUUAUGCCUCUCUCCCAUGUCAAUAUGCCUUGCCUAUUGCUGUUUCGGUUAGUUCUUACUGUACUUUUUCACUGUAGAGCCCCCAGUCCCGCUCAACCUGCCUCAGCAAUAUACUGUAGAGAUAGCCUGCAGAGCUCUAUCAUACUAUCCAGGUCUGUGCCCAAACAGUUUGAUCUUCUACUUCUAAAAAUCCACUUUUCCAGAAAUAAGUAUCUCACUGUUGCCGCUUGCUACAGAACCCCCUCAGCCCCCAGCAGUGCCCUGGACACCAUAUGUGAAUUGAUUUCCCCCCAUCUAUCCUCAGAGUUUGUAUUGCUUGCUGACCUAAACUGGGAUAUGCUUAACACCCCGGCCGUCCUACAAUCUAAACUAGAUGCCCUCAAUCUCACACACAUUAUCAAGGAACCUACCAGGUACAACCCUAAAUCCGUUAACAUGGGCACCCUCAUAGAUAUCAUCCUGACUAUUUUACCCUCUAAAUACACCUCUGCUGUCUUCAACCAGGAUCUCAGCGAUCACUGCCUCAUUGCCUGCGUCCGUAAUGGGUCCGCGGUCAAACGACCACCCCUCAUCACUGUCAAACGCUCCCUAAAACACUUCAGUGAGCAGGCCUUUCUAAUUGACCUGGCCCUGGUAUCCUGGAUGGAUAUUGACCUCAUUCCGUCAGUAGAGGAUGCCUGGUUGUUCUUUAAAAGUGCUUUCCUCUCCAUCUUAAAUAAGCAUGCACCAUUCAAAAAAUGCAGAACUAAGAACAGAUAUAGCCCCUGGUUCACCCCAGACUUGACUGCCCUUGACCAGCACAAAAACAUCCUGUGGCGUACUGCAUUAGCAAAGAACAGCCCCCGCGAUAUGCAACUUUUCAGGGAAGUCAGGAACCAAUAUACACAAUCAGUUAGGAAAGCGAAGGCUAGCUUUUUCAAACAGAAAUUUGCAUCCUGUAGCACUAACUCCAAAAAGUUUUGGGACACUGUAAAGUCCAUGGAGAAUAAGAGCACCUCCUCCCAGCUGCCCACUGCACUGAGGCUAGGAAACACUGUCAGUACCGAUAAAUCUACGAUAAUUGAAAAUUUCAACAAGCAUUUUGCUAUGGCUGGCCAUGCUUUCCACCUGGCUACCUCUACCCCGGCCACCAGCUCUGCACCCUCCGCUGCAACUUGCCCUUGUCCCCCCCCCGCUUCUCCUUCACCCAAAUUCAGAUAGCUGAUGUUCUGAAAGAGCUGCAAAAUCUGGACCCCUGCAAAUCAGCUGGGCUAGACAAUCUGGACCCUUUCUUUCUAAAAUUAGCAGCCGAAAUUGUCGCAACCCCUAUUACCAGCCUGUUCAACCUCUCUUUUUUGAAAUCAUCUGAGAUCCCCAGAGAUUGGAAAGCUGCUGCGGUCAUCCCCCUCUUCAAAGGGGGUGACACUCUAGAUCCAAACUGUUACAGACCUAUAUCAAUCCUGCCCUGCCUUUCGAAAGUAUUUGAAAGCCAAGUUAACAAACAGAUCACCGACCAUUUUGAAUCCCACCGUACCUUCUCCGCUAUGCAAUCUGGUUUCCGAGCUGGUCAUUGGUGCACCUCAGCCACGCACAAGGUCCUAAACUAUAUUAUAAUCGCGAUCGAUAAAAGACAGUACUGUGCAGCAGUCUUCAUCGACCUGGCCAAGGCUUUCGACUCCGUCAAUCACUGCAUUCUUAUUGGCAGACUAUAUAGCCUUGGUUUCUCAAAUGACUGCCUCGCCUGGUUCACCAACUACUUCUCAGAUAGAGUUCAAUGUGUCAAAUCGGAGGGCCUGUUGUCUGGACCUCUGGCAGUCUCAAUGGGGGUGCCACAGGGUUCAAUUCUCGGGCCGACUCUAUUCUCUGUGUAUAUCAAUGAUGUCGCUCUUGCUGCUGGUGACUCUCAGAUCCACCUCUAUGCAGACGACACCAUUUUGUAUACAGUGAGGGAAAAAAGUAUUUGAUCCCCUGCUGAUUUUGUACGUUUGCCCACUGACAAAGAAAUGAUCAGGUUAUAAUUUUAAUGGUAGGUUUAUUUGAACAGUGAGAGACAGAAUAACAACAACAAAAUCCAGAAAAACGCAUGUCAAAAAUGUUAUAAAUUUAAUUUGCAUUUUAAUGAGGGAAAUAAGUAUUUGACCCCCUCUCAAUCAGAAAGAUGUCUAGCUCCCAGGUGUCUUUUAUACAGGUAACGAGCUGAGAUUAGGAGCACACUCUUAAAGGGAGUGCUCCUAAUCUCAGUUUGUUACCUGUAUAAAAGACACCUGUCCACAGAAGCAAUCAAUCAAUCAGAUUCCAAACUCUCCACCAUGGCCAAGACCAAAGAGCUCUCCAAGGAUGUCAGGGACAAGAUUGUAGACCUACACAAGGCUGGAAUGAGCUACAAGACCAUCGCCAAGCAGCUUGGUGAGAAGGUGACAACAGUUGGUUGUAAGGGAUCGGGGGUUGGCUGGGUCUAGACAGAGUCCCCGAUCUACAGAGAGGGGGAGUCAUCAGACUCGAUCUGGUUCACCUGAGUUCUGAGCACACCUGUCAGUAAUUAGUGUAGGAUUUAAGGUGUGCUCAGAAGUUCAGUCGGUGCGAGGUAUUGUUCCAUUGUGACUUGCUAAACGUUUUGUUCCGAGAGAGAGAGAGAGAGAGAGAGAGUUUGUUGUUUUUGAUUACCCGUGUAUCCGACCUGUGCCUUGUUGUUUGACUCCCCGUAUUGCUUAAUCCUCUGCUUGUCUACCCCAGUGAUUACCGUUCUCUGAUCCUGUGCCUGUGCCCUCGACUACGACUAAGCCCGCUCCCUUGGUACCUCUGCCUGUCUAUGCCUGGCCCGGUUUUGACCACAGCCCGCCCGACCACGAUUAAGCUAUUCCCUUGUCUGUCCUCUAAUAAAGCAUCGCUAUUCUGCGAUUGGAUCUUACCACUCUGUCCGAGUAUUCAUUACAUUGGUGCGAUUAUUCGCAAAUGGAAGAAACACAAAAUAGCUGUCAAUCUCCCUCGGCCUGGGGCUCCAUGCAAGAUCUCACCUCGUGGAGUUGCAAUGAUCAUGAGAACGGUGAGGAAUCAGCCCAGAACUACACGGGAGGAUCUUGUCAAUGAUCUCAAGGCAGCUGGGACCAUAGUCAUCAAGAAAACAAUUGGUAACACACUAUGCCGUGAAGGACUGAAAUCCUGCAGUGCCCGCAAGGUCCCCCUGCUCAAGAAAGCACAUAUACAGGCCCGUCUGAAGUUUGCCAAUGAACAUCUGAAUGAUUCAGAGGAGAACUGGGUGAAAGUGUUGUGGUCAGAUGAGACCAAAAUCGAGCUCUUUUGCAUCAACUCAACUCGCCGUGUUUGGAGGAGGAAGAAUGCUGCCUAUGACCCCAAGAACACCAUCCCCACCGUCAAACAUGGAGGUGGAAACAUUAUGCUUUGGGGGUGUUUUUCUGCUAAGGGGACAGGACAACUUCACCGCAUCAAAGGGACGAUUGACGGGGCCAUGUACCGUCAAAUCUUGGGUGAGAACCUCCUUCCUCAGCCAGGGCAUUGAAAAUGGGUCGUGGAUGGGUAUUCCAGCAUGACAAUGACCCAAAACACUAGGCCAAGGCAACAAAGGAGUGGCUCAAGAAGAAGCACAUUAAUGUCCUGGAGUGGCCUAGCCAGUCUCCAGACCUUAAUCUCAUAGAAAAUCUGUGAAGGGAGCUGAAGAUUCGAGUUGCCAAACGUCAGCCUCGAAACCUUAAUGACUUGGAAAAGAUCUGCAAAGAGGAGUGGGAAAAAAUCCCUCCUGAGAUGUGUGCAAACCUUUGUGGCCAACUACAAGAAACGUCUGACCUCUAUGAUUGCCAACAAGGGUUUUGCCACCAAGUACUAAGUCAUGUUUUGCAGAGGGGUCAAAUAUUUAUUUCCCUCAUUAAAAUGCAAAUCAAUCUAUAACAUUUUUGACAUGCGUUUUUCUGGAUUUUUUUGUUGUUAUUCUGUCUCUCACUGUUCAAAUAAACCUACCAUUAAAAUUAUAGACUGAUCAUGUCUUUGUCAGUGGGCAAACGUACAAAAUCAGCAGGGGAUCAAAUACUUUUUUUCCCUCACUGUACAUCUGGCCCUUCAUUGGACACUGUGUUAACAAACCUCCCAACGAGCUUCAAUGCCAUACAGCACUCCUUCCAUAGCCUCCAACUGCUCUUAAACACUAGUAAAACUAAAUGCAUGCUCUUCAAUCGAACGCUGCUUACACCAGCCCGCCCGACUAGAAUCACUACUCUCGGCGGUUCUGACUUAGAAUAUGUGGACAACUACAAAUACCUAGGUGUCUGGUUAGACCGUAAACUCUCCUUCCAGACUCACAUUAAGCAUCUCCAAUCCAAAGUUAAAUCUAGAAUCGGCUUCCUAUUUUGCAACAAAGCCUCCUUCACUCAUGCUGCCAAACAUGCCCUCGUAAAACUGACUAUCCUACCGAUCGUUGACUUCGGCGAUGUCAUUUACAAAAUAGCCUCCAACACUCUACUCAGCAAAUUGGAUGUAGUCUAUCACAGUGCCAUCCGUUUUGUCACCAAAGCCCCAUAUACUACCCACCAUUGUGACCUGUACGCUCUCGUUGGCUGGCCCUCACUACAUAUUUGUCGCCAAACCCACUGGCUCCAGGUCAUCUAUAAAUCACUGCUAGGCAAAUCCCCGCCUUAUCUUAGCUCAUUGGUCACCAUAGCAACACCCACCUGUAGUAUGCGCUCCAGCAGGUAUAUCUCACUGGUCAUCCCCAAAGCCAACACCUCCUUUGGCCGCCAUUCCUUCCAGUUCUCUGCUGUCAAUGACUGGAACGAACUACAAAAAUCACUGAAGCUGGAGACUCUUAUCUCCCUCACUACCUUUAAGCAUCAGUUGUCAGAGCAGCUUACCGAUCACUGCACCUGUACACAGCCCAUUUGUAAUUAGCCCACCCAACUACCUCAUCCCCAUAUUGUUAUUUAUUUUCCUCAUUUGCACCCCAGUAUCUCUAUUUGCACAUCACUUUCUGCACAUCUAUCACUCCAGUGUUAAUACUAAAUUGUAAUUAUUUUGCACUAUGGCCUAUUUAUUGCCUUACCUCCAUAACUUACUACAUUUGCACACACUGUAUAUAGAUUUUCCAUUAUGUUUUUGACUGUACGUUUUGUUUAUCCCAUAUGUAACUCUGUGUUGUUGUUGUUUUUAUCGCACUGCUUUGCUUUAUCUUGGCCAGGUCGCAGUUGUAAAUGAGAACAUGUUCUCAACUGGCUUAGCUGGUUAAAUAAAGGUUAAAUAAAAAUAAAAAUAAAUAAAUGGGGUCUUUUACAUGGAAAUGCCCUUGUCACACUCCAACCCAUUGUAACCAUAUUGUUCGGGGACAUUGCCACUGCCACUAUACAAUAAAUCCCCAGCUCUUUUGUGCUUUGUGCUAUAAAGAGCUCCCUUUGUUGCCUCCCCCUCACACACACAUUUUUUCUGUUACACACCCACACACACACAUGCAUGUGCAAACACACGCAUACACACACCAAUUUACAAAAAAUGUCAUAUGUAAUUCUUAUGGCAUAAAAUGUUGAAUUUUAUUAGGAAUAUGGUUUGAUCAAAGAAAGGCUAUUUCUUAGACUGUGUGCUUUAUUGCUUCAUUUCCUGUUAUAAAAGGAAUAAGCUACUAGCACACAUUGUGACAACCAACCCCAUACUGUGUGACAACCAACCCCAUGCUGUGUGACAACCAACCCCAUGCUAUGUGACUGUUACAACCAACCCCAUGUUGUGUGACAACCAACCCCAUACUGUGUGACAACGAACCCCAUGCCGUGUGACAACCAACCCCAUGCCGUUCGACAACCAACCCCAUGCUGUGUGACAACCAACCCCAUGCUGUGUGACAACCAACCCCAUACUGCGUGACUGUGACAACCAACCCCCUACUGUGUGACAACCAACCCCAUGCUGUGUGACAACCAACCCCAUACUGUGUGACUGUGACAACCAACCCCAUGCUGUGUGACAACCAACCCCAUACUGUGUGACUGUGACAACCAACCCCAUGCUGUGUGACAACCAACCCCAUACUGUGUGACUGUGACAACCAACCCCAUACUGUGUGACAACCAACCCCAUACUGUGUGACAACCAACCCCAUGCUGUGUGACAACCAACCCUGCGAUGGGGCUGGUGGACAGAGUGUGUUUGAUGGCUUAUAACUCCAUGUUGGAAUACGAUAUGAGGAUAAAAAAGGGUCCUCAUUUCUACCCAAGACGUUGGUCUUUCUCCUAAUAUUGAAAACAAUAUUGUAAGAUAUAGUGGUGGUGAGAAAUACAUACAAGAGUAAAAAGUGACAACCAACCCCAGUCUCCCCUAUGUGUUGUAUUUACUGUUAUAUUUGCUGUUAUCAUCAUAUAAUAUCAUAUAGGCCUAAUUAUAUACAUUUAUGUGACAUCUAAAGGACUCAUUUAGAUCCUCAACCAUGGGGCUUUCCAAAGGUAUUUUCUCAUCACUGCCACUAAUAUAACAAACCAUGUGGUUAAUUCAAAUUGGAGUUGGUAUGCACGGAAACAAUGGACAUAUUUUUUCGGGACAUUUUUACUGUGUGUCCAAUUUGGCUUCUAAAUUUAGAGGGUGUGUAUAUUAAAUCUUCAGAUUUGGCCUUUUUGGCUUCCUCGUCAGCUAGUGUCACGCCCUGACUCUGGGGACUCUUAUUUGUUGAGUCAGGGUGUGAUUUUCUAUGUUGUGUAGUUCUAUGUUUUCUAUCUAGUAUGUCUAGAUCUAUGUUUGGCCGGGUGUGUUUCCCAAUCAGAGGCAGCUGUCGCUCGUUGUCUCUGAUUGGGGAGCAUACUUAGGCAGCCUAUUGACAAUUAGGUGUUGUGGGAUCUUGUUCUGUAUAAGGUAUGUUGUUUGUGUCUACCUUGGACUUCACGUUUCGUUUAUUGUUUUGUCGAGUGUUUAUUAAGUUUAAAUAAACAUGUAUGCAUAUCACGCUGCGCCUUGGUCUGACCCGUCUAUGAACGAACGUGACAGCUAGUAAAGCGAGCUCUGUGAGCCGUCUGGUCUGUAUCUCAUACAGACUCAUUAUCUCUGUCAGUGGCUUUGACCCCUGACCCCAUGGUGUCACCUAUGAUCUGAGUCUGCCACAUGGGUCGAAUGCUCUUUAUUAGCCACCUAAAUGGGCUUAGCAGACGCCUAUCAGAGGGGAAACAAGAGACAGUUGAAAGCAGCAGCAGCUUGACCAUGUGGUGUAUGUCCAAAUUUAAAUUGGAACACUAUAGUGGCCCAUGGUGAUCCCUCCUCAUCCCAAUGUGUGAAGGUGAAGUUAAGAAACUUUCCGAGGAGGGAUGAGUAGUUAUUAUAUAAACCACAAGCAGGGCUGUUGAUCUGCCUUGUGAUGAGGCAUACAGUCUAGUGUAUACAGUACAGUGAAUUUAGAAAGACCCUGCAGUCCCAGUCUCAGCCUUUGGGUGCGUCCGAAAUAUAGUGCAUUAUGGACCCUGGUCAAAGGUAGUGCACUAAAUAGGGAAUAGAGUGUCAUUUCAGAGGCAGUCUCAGUCUACCUCCACCACUACACCAGAGGAGUUAGUUAACUAGCUUUUCCAAGGCAGCCAGAUGGAGAGGUCAACAUGUAUCUCCUCUGUAGCUAAAUUGGUAGAGCAUGGUGCUUGUAACGCCAGGGUAUUGGGUUCGAUCCCCGGGACCACCAAUACGUUAAUAAAAUGUAUGCACACAUGACUGUAAGUCGCUUUGGAUAAAAGUGUCUGCUAAAUGGCAUAUUAUUAUCUCUGACUAGGCCCCAGAAGACAACCUCCUCCAUGUGGUCCAUAUAAAAGAAACAACAGACACGCUUUCAGUUUUUAUAACACUCUGCCUCUGCCGAUGAUCUUUUAUCUACGUUUUCAUUAGAUUUUCAGUGUAUACACAUACAAACACAAAGUACUUCAAUGUUUCCAACCUCCCCUGAAAUCCAAGACUCCCGAAAACAAAUGUCCAUAUUUGGCGUCUAAGAGGAGGCAUGAAUACACCCUCAUUACAAAGAUUUGAGUCAGGUUUAUGUACGCAGUUGUUCUUUCUACCUGUAGGGGUUAGACAAAAUAAGAAUAAAAUAUUAUCCAGUCUAAAAUUAGGACAUUGGCAACGUGAGGAUGCAAUGUGAAUCACCACAACACAGUUCUGUCUAAAGGGUACUUCAUAUCUGUCCAUCACUGUGGUACAAGAUCUCAAGUCUGUGUGUGUGUGGCUGCGUGUCAGCUGUGUGUGUGUGUGUGUGUGUGUGUGUGUGUGUGUGUGUGUGUGUGUGUCCGUGCAUGUGUGUGUUUAUGUGUGCGAAGAAUGAGAGAGAUGAGCGUCUUUGUCUCCACUCUGACGGUCUAAUCCUCCUGUCUGUCUGUCUUUGUUGUUUGUUUACAGCUCAGCUUCCCAGUGAUCUCCAGUAACAGCAGCAUUAGCAGCACAGAGGACAUCAAACCCCCACUGGGCCAUAACAGAGUGCUAAAGGUUCCUGCUCAGCCCACAGGCACCUGUCUCUCCCUUAACAAACACAUCUGUGCCAUCUGUGGAGACCGCGCCUCAGGUCAGCACCCCAAACGUCCCCACAACAGCCCCACAAUGUCUCCCUGGUCCCCAAUACAGGGCCCUACAGGCUGGGGGAUCCCUCUCAUGUCAGACUGCUGAUCCUUGUCAUUCUACUGUACAAGCACUAAGGGAAGACCUAACUAAACCUUUGUAUGUAUUGUUCUGGCAGGUAAACACUAUGGAGUAUAUAGCUGUGAAGGUUGCAAGGGCUUCUUCAAGAGAACAGUGAGGAAGGAGCUGACGUAUACCUGUCGAGACAACAAGGACUGUCUGAUUGACAAGCGCCAGCGCAACCGCUGCCAGUACUGCCGAUACCAGAAGUGUCUGGCCAUUGGCAUGAAGAGAGAAGGUAUGCUCCAGGCAAUGACCUGAGAGAGUGAGCACAGACAGACACAAAUGUGAAACCAACAUCAGUCAGUGUGCUGCUAACAGCUUUGCUUCCUCCACUUUCUCUGUCCCCUUAUUGCGCUCAAACCAGUGGUCCUCUGAUCGCAAACACACAUGACUGACCUCCUCGACAAUGUACCAACCAAAAGGGUAUCCUACGAAGCAGGUUUGAGGAGUUAGCGAGGUAACUUUGGUCAACUCUGAGUUCAACUCGGGAUAACCAGUCAGGUACAUUUUUGUCAGGUACAUUUCUAUGCCACAAAUCCUUCAGAACUAACUUGAUCCAGAGAAGGCUAACUCAGGGCUAACUCCAUUUAUCCUGAAUGAAGUGUCUGAGCCACAAGUUGAGGACCAAUGAAAUCAGAUUCCCUCCCUCUCGCAAAGAUUGCGUCAUUAUCCCCUUAAUUUGAGGAAGAAGACUGAUUAAAUAUUUUAUUAAUCAAAUGCAUUUUUGUGUGUUAAAAAUGUUUAAAAAGUGAAAAUACCUAUCACAUUAUUUAGUAAUGAAAGAAUGCAUUUGAAACUUCACGGACACGUUUAUAUGACAAAUACAUUUUUUAUAAUUAUGAUGAAAUUAUUUUAUCGAUAGGAGUGGGAAAAGAAGGUGCUCAUGCAUUGAUAAGCAAAACCAAAGAUAAGUAAUACAAUAAAAAGCUUUCUGAAAGCCUAUUUCACACCAUAGCCUGCUGAAUUUGCAGGAUAACUUUUCUUCAUUUUGAUUUUGGCACAAAUGAAAAUGUGGCUCUGACUUGCCCAUGGAUUGAUGUUUCAGCAUUGUCUCAAUGAAGAGUUUGGCGUUCGACUAGCCACAUGUGACAUGCACGCACAGUUACAAGCCUGUUAGAGUUAGCGGCAGGCAGACUAGCAAUAUCCACCGUCGUAGUACGGAUGAAGCCUGAGUUGGAAUGUCAAGCUAACUUAAGCUACUUAGCUUUAGCUUGCUUCAUAGGAUACCCCUCUGCUGUGCUACCACAGUGUCUAGGGUACAGCGUCUGUCACCACCGUGUCUAGGUUACAGCGUCUGUCACCACAGUGUCUAGGAUACAGCGUCUGUCAGCACAGUGUCUAGGGUACAGCGUCUGUCACCACAGUGUCUAUGGUACAGCGUCUGUCACCACAGUGUCUAGGGUACAGCGUCUGUCAGCACAGUGUCUAGGGUACAGCGUCUGUCAGCACAGUGUCUAGGGUACAGCGUCUGUCAGCACAGUGUCUAUGGUACAGCGUCUGUCAGCACAGUGUCUAGGGUACAGCGUCUGUCAGCACAGUGUCUAUGGUACAGCGUCUGUCACCACAGUGUCUAGGAUACAGCCUCUGUCACCACAGUGUCUAGGGUACAGCGUCUGUCAGCACAGUGUCUAGGGUACAGCAUCUGUCACCACAGUGUCUAUGGUACAGCGUCUGUCAGCACAGUGUCUAGGGUACAGCGUCUGUCACCACAGUGUCUAGGGUACAGCGUCUGUCACCACAGUGUCUAGGGUACAGCAUCUGUCACCACAGUGUCUAGGGUACAGCAUCUGUCACCACAGUGUCUAGGGUACAGCGUCUGUCAGUACAGUUCCUGUAUCUACCCUCAGGGCAUGGCUGGUGAAGAAAUUAACUUACUGUGUAGAAUAGGGGUGCUUUUCCUGCUUAUUGUACUAUUUAUCAUGUUUAAUGUUUGAUUGGAUCUUAGCCAAUAGUUUCAUAUACUGAGACACCAUUGUAAACAAAAUAUAACUUUUAAAGCUUACCUUUCAUAAACUCUUCAUAAGGCCAUUCAUAUCAAAUGUCAUGCUAUAAAAGGAGCUCUUCACCUUGGUGGAGUAGGCUAAGAGCAUUCCCUACUUCUCUGAGCUGGCCCUGGACAGUGUUGUAAGGGGCUGGCUAAAACAGCAGCUACAUCCCAAUGCUUUGACCCCAGCUGUGCAGGAGGAGCGCCAGCGAGCCAAGGAGAGGAGCGAGAGCGAGGCGGACUCGUUAGGUUGUGCUAACGAGGACAUGCCUGUGGAGAGGAUUGAGGAGGCGGAGCUCGCUGUGGAGCCAAAGACCAACACAUACAUUGAGGGGAGCCUGGGCCUGCCCACCAACUCAGUGAGCUCACUGCACACAACAUAACUUAUUACUGAUCACUUACUAUACUCUAUGACUGUAGAGUAGCCUACACUGUAUAUUACAUACUGGCACAACAACCUCAUUCCCCCAUCUUAUGACAACUGCCUAGGGGGGAAGUAUAGCUGAGACACAAGCUGAAUGUCUUUCAAUGUGCUUUAGAAACCAGCACAGAAAAGUGCUCUUGGUAGAGGCCAUAUUUAACCCAAGCUCAUUGAAUCCCUCCAGCUCAGGUCUCUGAUGACCUCUUGACCCCCUGACCUCCACUCUGUCUCCCCAGCCCAACGACCCUGUGACCAAUAUAUGCCAGGCAACAGACAAGCAGCUCUUUUCCUUGGUGGAGUGGGCCAAGAUGAUCCCCCACUUCUCAGAGCUGGCCCUGAAUGACCAGGUCAUCCUCCUAAGAGCAGGUAUCGUCUGAUCUCAUCUGCUGUGGUCAAACCUGUGAGGGGAAAUAAUUAAUCCAAACAGAGCAGCUCUGUCAACUGGGAUCUACUCGUCUUUUACUUGAUUUCUUGUUGUUUAUACAGGGCAGUAUUCAUUAGGCACCAAACGGACCCAAACAAUGAGGCGAUGUUUGAACUUGUCCAACAUGAAAUGCUCAUUUACAUUUUCCGUUGUAAAAUGUUUUGUUACGUUUCCCAUUGCAUGCCUUAAUGAAUACGACCCAGUUAGAGGUUUCCCUCUCUACCCCUCAGGGUGGAAUGAGCUCCUCAUAGCCUCUUUCUCCCAUCGCUCCAUCACUGUGAACGACAGCAUUCUGCUGGCCACCGGCCUCCACGUGCAUCGGAACAGCGCCCACAGUGCAGGAGUGGGGGCCAUCUUUGACAGGUAACCAAUAACAGCCUGGCCCACAGAUCCAUAUCAUCAUAAUUAGUCCAUUCAUUGGUACCAUUGGAUACUUGAAUAAUAUACCCUAUAGUGGAUUGAGUACUAUCAUAAUAUUACAGUUAAAGUAAGAUUUAAAGUGUUACUGUUAACAAACCCAAUUUUACUCCACAUUCCUGCUAAAUGUACUGUGGGUUUUUCAAGUGCAUUACAUGCUCAUUGCUCAUUGCCUUUCUAUCGCAAAAUCUGUCCUAAUUAUGCCUGCAUGCUUUAUAAUCCAACCCUUUUGAGAAGGUUUGAUGUAGGAUGAUGAAUAUUUCCCUAAGAUUUAAUCUGACAUGCAACAUUUUGUGCAUUUGUGAUGCUCGCAGAAUGAUGAAUUAAUCUUUGAAUAUUUAACUCUGAAGAGUUGUUGGGCUCAUGAAUUCUAAACAGAGAUACAUCCAAGGCUAUCAGAGGAAUGUUGGAAGUGUAUUAAAGUAGCUUGUUUUACCUGCACAGAGUGCUGACUGAGCUGGUGUGUAAAAUGCGAGACAUGCAGAUGGACAGGUCUGAGUUAGGGUGCCUUCGAGCCAUCAUUCUCUUCAACCCAGGUAGGUCUGCUGUACAUCACACACUCCAUCCUGGCUAGCAACUCAUCAAGCUGGACUGUACAUGAAUGGGACAAAUACUCUUAUUUCAGGCCUAUUCUUUGUCAAGGACAAAGACUCUUAUUUCAGGCCUAUUCUUUGUCAAGGUUGCUUUGUGUUGUUUACAUAGUAAUAAUGAUGUAGUAUAUACCUGUCCAAUGCAUAUUCAUUUGUAAAUGUGAAGAGGAGGAAUUUGAAGACAGUAUGACUUGUGUUACUGAGCACUAUAUAAAAUAUAUAAAGCACAAUAUAAAAUAUAGAAAGCACUAUAUAAAAUGAGGUGAAUAGAGCAGGGUUAUAUUUACUGUUAAUUCACCACACCCACAUCAUAGUAUAAACCAGGCUCUCUCUGAUUCAAACCCAGUAGCCCCGGGCAGGUGUUUGCGUGCUUAUGUGUUUGUGCCUGUGUGAGUGUGUGUGUGUGUGUGUGUGAGUGUGUGUGUGUGUGUGUGUGAGAGAGUGUGUGUGUGUGAGUGAGUGUGUGUGUGUGUGUGAGAGAGGGUGUGAGUGUGUGUGUGUGAGAAUGUGUGUGUAUGUGUGCCUGCAUGCAUGCUGCAGACUGAUGUGGAUGUUAUUUUUGCAAAUGUAUUAAAAAUUAAAAACAGAAAUACCUUAUUGACAUAAGUAUUCAGACCCUUUGCUAUGAGACUCGAAAUUGAGCUCAGGUGCAUUGAUUGGACAUGAUUUGUAAAGGCACACACCUGUCUAUAUAAGGUCCCACAAUUGACAGUGCAUGUCAGAGCAAAAAACAAGACAUGAUGUCGAAGGAAUUGUCCGUAGAGCUCUGAGACAGGAUUGUGUCGAGGCACAGAUCUGGGGAAGGGUACAACAACAUUUCUGCAGCAUUGAAGGUCCCCAAGAACACAGUGACCUCCAUCAUUCUUAAAUGGAAGAAGUUUGGAACCACCAAGACUCUUCCUAGAGCUGGCCGCCCGACCAAACUGAGCAAUCGGGGGAGAAGGGCCUUGGUCAGGAAGGUGACCAAGAACCCGAUGGUCACUCUGACAGAGCUCCAGAGUUCCUCUGUGGAGAUGGGAGAACCUUCCAGAAGGACAACCAUCUUUGCAGCAUUCCACCAAGUAAAUGGCAAAUGUCAGCACACUUGGAGUUUGCCUAAAGGCACCUAAAGGACUCUCAGACCAUGAGAAACAAGAUUCUCUGGUCUGAUGAAACCAAGAUUGAACUCUUUGGCCUGAAUGCCAAGCGUCACAUCUGGAGGAAACCUGGCACCAUCCCUACGGUGAAGCAUGGUGGUGGCAGCAUCAUGCUGUGGGGAUGUUUUUCAGCGGCAGGGACUGGGAGACUAGUCAGGAUGGAGGGAAAGAUGAACGGAGCAAAGGACAGAGAUCCUUGAUGAAAAUCUGCUCCAGAGCGCUCAGGACCUCAGACUGGGGCGAAGGUUCACCUUCCAACAGGACAACGACCCUAAGCACACAGCCAAGACAACGCAGGAGUGGCUUCAGGACAAGUCGCUGAAUGUCCUUGAGUGGCCCAGUCAGAGCCCGGACUUGAACCCGAUCUAACAUCUCUGGAGAGACCUGGAAAUAGCUGUGCAGCAACGCUCCCCAACCAACCUGACAGAGCUUGAGAGGAUCUGCGGAGAAUAAUGGGAGAAACUCCCCAAAUACAGGUGUGCCAAGCUUGUAGAGUCAUACCCAGGAAGACUCAAGGCUGUAAUCGCUGCCAAAGGUGCUUCAACAAAGUACUGAGUAAAGGGUCUGAAUAGUUAUGUUUUUAUUUUUUAUAAAUUUGCACACAUUUCUAAAAACAUGUUUUUGCUUUGUCAUUAUAGGGUAUUGUGUGUCGAUUGAUGAGGGGGAACAUUUUUUAAAAUCAAUUUUAGAAUAAGGCUGUAAUGUAACAAAAUGUGGAAAAAGUCAAGGGGUCUGAAUACUUUCUGAAUGCACUGUAUAGGCCUUCAUUAAAAUGUGUGUGAAAGGCAACCUUUUUCUAAGAUACUGUAUUCAGUUCGGUACUUAAGUACUCAGUUCGGUACUUGAUCUCAAUGACUUAAACCUCAAAUGGUUUGGAUUCAUAUAAACAGAAGCCUAUGUUAACUCAGUUUAGUUUCUCUGAUGAAUUCAUUCAUAGGCUAUUGUCAAACAAACAUCUUAAUUUACCAUUUUCCUUGCUGGUUUCUCUCUACAUAAGACUGUUCAUAAGUCUGGUAAUAUUUGCCUUCAAAGUCCACGUCAUUGACCUCAGACGCUACACGCUCAGUGUGCUUAUUUUCAACCAAACCUUAAAGCUAACAUCAGUUUGCAAAGUUAAACCAUUGUUUGGGUUGGACCAGUACACUGUUAAGUAGUUUACUACUGCCCUCUCCUGGGCAGACAUUUUUAUUACACAGGACUUUUAAUGUGUGUUGUGUGUUGGUCUAAAAGUGAUAUGGAACACAGAGUUGGUGACCUUGUCACCAGUAACACAUUCUGUUCUGUUUACAUAUGUGUAGACUCCAAAGGCUUGUCAAACCCAGGGGAGGUUGAGGCACUCAGAGAAGGGGUGUAUGCUUCACUGGAGGCAUACUGUAAACACAAAUACCCCGACCAACCAGGAAGGUACUGGUCAUUGUUUGGUCAUCACCAAAUAUUUGAUGAACCUACUUCUACGGUACUUAGUGACAUAUGUCAAUUCAGCCAGAUGUAUAAUAGUUUUGUUAUCAUCAUAAUCAAUCUUUACAUGUUCUUGUCUUAUACAGAUUUGCCAAACUGUUACUUCGAUUGCCAGCCCUACGUUCCAUUGGCCUCAAGUUUCUGGAGCACCUGUUCUUCUUCAAACUGAUAGGGGAUACACCCGUUGACACAUUCCUCAUGGAAAUGUUGGAAGCUCCACACCAAAUGACAAAACAGCACUGCAGUUAAAGACUGUCUGUCCGCUACUUGCCUCAAAAGGAAGAGAGCUGGUGAUUUGCCUGAUUGACAGACUCAGUUUGAACACAAGAACUGGUGGACAGCAAAUCUUUGGCUUUGUUUAAUGUACAGUAGGUGUAUUUAUCAUAGUUUUGUGUCAGAGAGAAAUGUCUUGAAGGUAAGGGCCAGAGUCUGCAACAACUCAAAGCAUGAGAUCUUUUUCACAAUGAAUGAUAAUGUCUUCACUCUUCCGAUUCAACACUGAACAUUGUCAUAAUUGGUCGCUACUCCGUGCCACAAACCAGAGGCCUCUCACCUCAUCAUCAUCCUGCCUUAGACAGGUCUACCUCUUGUAGUCAUUCUCAUAUUCUGUCAUAAUAACAACAUGGUCUGGCCAAACUGUUGUCUAGGAUGAUCUCCUGUUAUACAUGUAAACCUCACCUCAGUCUCUCGCAGUUGGUCUUCUUCUCCUCCUCAAUGAAAAUGUUCUCAUGUGACUAUAUACGGCAGACAAGAAGGUCAUGCAUUUUUAACUGGAACCCCUGGAAAAGGGUUCAAUUAACUUCAGCUCAAAACCAGGGGUCAUUUUCCUACUCCUAGCACUUAACUUUGAUCUUUGUCAAGCAGAGGAUGGCUCGAGUCAGUAGCCCACUGUGAGGACAGAGGAGGCUGAUCUGAGGAGCUUUAGGAGGACUGGCUCAUUGU